GGCCUAUAGGCUAAGCUUUGUUCUUCUUGUCCUUCUUGUCCUUGUUCUUCUUGUCCUAAACUAUAUUGAUUAGAUCUCCGUUUUAAUGAUAAAGUCUACUGUGUCUUACCUGUUAUGAAUUUGAAAGCUGGCUCCGCCUCCGAUCCCAUGAUUUUGAUCUUACUGAAAAUAGGGAAGGUGACGCCAUGGGUGUUCUUGGCGUUGGCCUCGAUGUCCCGGCUGGUCCCCAUCUCGGUCUCCCCGAACUGGCCGCAGGGAAAAGCCAGCACGUUGAAAUGGGACGUCCCCAGUUCCCGGUGCAGCUCUUGCAGAGAGCGAUAGUUAUUCUCUGUGUGUUCGCUGUGGCUCGCCACGUUGACAACCAGAGACGCCUGCGCGCAUGAAGAAAAGCAGAGGAUUGUAAAUAUUAGGUCUAAAUACCAUACUUUUGGGGGGAAACGUGCUAAAUCGCAGAAACCAGUUAUCAACAUUUUAGAAAAAAGUAGUGACUUCAGCAGUACGCCUACACUGAGUUCAGUUAGUUUACUAGCGGAGGUUUUCUGAUGUGAACUUACUUUGCCUCUGUAUCUCUCCAGAGAAACGCUUCUCCCUUUGGCGUCCUUCACCUCAAAAGAGUAGAAAUCUUGCGGCUUCCGCGACUUAGUGAUUUUGAGAAAACUAUGUAGUGUUAAUAAACAUCCCAUAACAACAGUCAUACUCAGUAGAACCCUGACCAUUCGUGAUCGAGGGUUCGAGGGCUUGGUCGGGUAGCCCCCCAAAACCUCCAGCGCCUCCAUCUUGGAGGGGGAACAAUGAGAUCUUGGGGCGGGGGAAGGAGUUAGUGAACCGCUGCUUAGGUUGAGUCUGGCUGGCUGGACGGGCGCAUAGCGAAGUGAGGAGCCAACGGGCUUUGGAGGAGGUCUGUUCUGUGUUAGGCAUCAAAUUUCACUAUAGGCAUUUAGUUUUUAUGUCGAUUUAUCAACACUCUGAUUUAUUAUUUUCUAGGCCUACAUCUCGGGCAAAAUCUUUAAAUCUGGAAUGUUUUACGGUAGUCUACUUUUUUAAAAUUGCGUAAGAUGUGAAUAUAGGGAUCCACUUGAUCCUAUUUGUUACAGGUAAUAACUCGUGUUUUAUCAGCCAUUAUUAUAAUGUCAAGUCUAUUUUCCUCUUUUUUUUUAGACAAGCACCGAGGCGCCUCAUCUCUCAUCAUCGUACAAGCGCUUCAAGAGUCGGAUGGUGACCAGGCGGCUGAGCGCAGAGCAGCCUUUAGCCAGUAGCCCAAUGGUCGCCAGGGGGCGCCAUUCCCCCUGCCGAGAGGUCGACACGGUCUGUCAGAGACUGUCUCUGGAUUCACCGACAGGGGGCGCAGCGAGAACAAAACUGACACAAGAGCAGAGCACAAAGACAAGCCUUCAAGACGCAGUGACGAAGGCUGUAGUGUCAGACCGAUCUCAGCAUGUCGUCAGACCUGUCACCGCAUCGACCACUUACAGGAGGAAUGUGCCUAAACAGGAUUGGGUGUGGUCUGCUUCUGGAGAACAGGACAGAUGCUCAGAGAAGGCAGCCAUUCUCUGUCAUGUAUCUGGCUCCCUCUACUCCAGACCAGUCUAAACCACAGCUGACUCUGGCACUGCCCUCUCUGCAGGAUGACUACUACAGCCACCCGUUGGACUGGAGUAACAGUGGAAUCGUGGCCAUGGCUCUGGGGUGUGACGUGUUCCUGUGGAAUGCAGACACGCCCACUCUGCAGGGCUGCAUCCAUCCCAGAGCAGCACCUUCUCUCCCACUGAGCCUGUCUCACUCGGUCUCUUCUGUGUCCUGGAGCAGAGAUGGAUGUAUACUGGGCAUCGGGACCAAGGAGGGCGGCGUGCAGCUGUGGGAUGUGGAGAAGAGGACCAGAUUGAGAACUAUAACGUCACACCUCUCUGGAGUGGGGGCGCUUAGCUGGAACCAACACGUACUCAGCAGCGGUUCUGUUCUCGGGCUAAUCCAUCACCAUGACUACCGACUUGACACCCCGACAGUGGGUGUGUUCCAACAACAAGGGGCCGUGUGCGGGCUGGAGUGGGCGCCGCAAGGAGAUUGGCUGGCCAGUGGCUCAAUAGACGGCCUCCUCAACAUCUGGACCAAUGACCUGGGGUCUAAGACGAAGACACACCCACCUGCUAGGACAAUGACACAACCCAGUGCGGUCAAGGCUAUGGCAUGGUGUCCUUGGCAGAAGGAGCUGAUCGCCACGGGAGGGGGGCAGAGCGACGGUGUUCUGAGGAUCUGGAAUAACCAAUCAGGUACCUGCGUUGACUCCGCCCAGACCAACUCACAGGUGUGUUCCGUGGUCUGGUCAGAGGAGAGGAAGGCUUUGUUCACUGGCCAUGGUCUUCCUCAUCACCAGAUAACCUGCUGGAGCCCCUCCCCCUCACUGGAAGAGACCUACCAGCUACCUGGUCACAUGGGUCGUGUUUUGCACCUGGCCCUCAGUCCCAAUGGAACCAAGCUCCUCUCAGCUGGAGCAGACUGUCUGGGCCAUGUCUGGAACACCUAGAACACCUAAAACACCUAGGACACCUAAAACACCUAAAAACACCUAGAACACCUAAAAACACCUAGAACACCUAGGACACCUAAAA